AUGGGAUUUGCUAGUGCUGCCUACAAUACCACCUCGGAUCGACCAUUUGCGGAUCGCAGAAAAUGGGACUCUAAAAGGGCCCAGGCGUUUUCCCGAGCCAGGGGGGGAGGGCUGCAAGCGGUUGAGUGGCCACGAGUGGCGAUGCUCAGCCGCUCAUCAAACCCGCUCAGGUAUGUCCCCGUAAAUAAUAAUACCACCCAGCAGUUCUGCAGCGUCCUUUUCUGGUGUGCCGCUGGUGCUAGCAGGGUUGUGUCUAUAUCCCUGCUCUGGUGA